AUGCGUGGAGCUAGACAUCAUCAUUCAGCUACAAUUUGUAAUAAUAAAAUUUAUGUCGUUGGUGGUACUAAGCCAGCUCGAGGGAAAGAGAUUCCGGUAAUUUCAGAUACAGUUUGGUGUUUUAAUCUUCUAACAAUAAAAUGGUCUAAAGAAACUAGGUUACCGUAUCCACGUCGGGAUUUUGGUUUAAUAUCUAUUGAAAAUGGAUUUUAUGUUAUUGGUGGUGAAAGCAUUGGAAAUAUUGUUCUAUCAUCUACAAUAUUUUAUGAUAUUAAUAUGAAAGUAUGGGUAAAAAAAGCAUCAUUAAAGCAAAGCAGAUCUGGGCUAAUGGUUAUUGCUGAUACAUCAAGAACUAAAAUAGAGAAAAAUGAAAUGACGAAUAAAAUGAUAAAAUCUUGUUGUAGUGAAUUUAAAAGUAUUUGGGCUGCUGGAGGUAUUUUGGAUACCGUGAACUUUAUAAUAACUGAUCAAAUUGAAGGAUAUAAUAUAAAUGAGGAUAUUUGGUAUACAAUAGGAUAUCUUAGAAUUCCAAGAUGUUAUGGAAAAUUUUGUAUUACAAAUAAUAAAGAUUUAUAUUGUAUUGGCGGUGUUACCAAUAUUGAUGGUAUACUUUUAUCACUUCAAGAUGUUGACAAAUAUUUCAGGGAUACAAAUGAAUGGAAAUGUGUUACGAAAAUGUCAUCAAGCAGACAUGGCCAUGAUGUGAUUGCUCUUGAUGAUAAAAUUAUUAUUAUUGGUGGUAUGUCAAUUCAAGAAAAGAAAAUAUAUAAAUCGAUUGAGUGCUAUUCAAUAAGGGAAUCGAGAUGGCUUAAUAAUAUUUCGGAAUUACCAUCACCAUUAUCGGGUUUAUCAUGUCUUUUAUGUGAAGACAUGGAAUUUAAAUGGUUUCAAGAUCUAAAAACCUGA